AUGACUAAAGAGACAGUCGAUGGAGCGAUGGAGGAGCAGCAGGCUCAGUCAAAGAAAGGCCUGAAGAAACAGCAAAAGGAAGUGGAAAAAGCUGCGAAGAAGGCUGAGAAACAGGCCAAGCUGGCUGCUGAACAACAAAGUACGGAGGAAGAUGACUUUGCUAAGGACCGGUAUGGAGUAUUGGCUAUGGUUCAGUCCCAACAAAAACUUGACAGGACAUUGGUGCGUGUCAAAGACCUUACCCCUGAAAAGGCAGACCAACUAAUUUGGAUGCGGGCCCGAGUCCACACCAGCAGAGCAAAAGGGAAACAAUGCUUCCUGGUCCUGCGUCAACAGCAGUUUAAUGUGCAGGCACUGGUCGCAGUGGGAGAUCGUGCCAGCAAGCAGAUGGUCAAGUUUGCAGCAAACAUCACAAAGGAGAGCAUCGUAGAUGUGGAGGCAGCGGUGAGGAGAGUGGAGCAGAAGAUUGAGAGCUGUUCCCAGCAGGAUGUGGAGCUCCACAUUGAGAGGAUUUUUGUCAUCAGCCAGGCAGAGCCUCGUCUCCCCCUUCAGUUGGAAGAUGCAGUCAGGCCUGAUGGAGAAGGAGAGGAGGAAGGCAGGGCCACAGUCAACCAGGAUACCAAGCUGGACAACAGGGUGAUUGAUCUCAGGACUACCACCAGCCAGGCUAUCUUUCGUCUGCAGUCUGGAGUGUGCCAGCUCUUCAGAGACACCCUCACACAAAAGGGCUUUGUGGAGAUCCAGACCCCUAAAAUCAUAUCAGCUGCCAGUGAGGGUGGAGCAAAUGUCUUCACAGUGUCUUACUUUAAAACCAGCGCCUACCUGGCCCAGUCUCCCCAGCUCUACAAGCAAAUGUGCAUUUGUGCUGAUUUUGAUAAGGUCUUCUGUGUUGGCCCAGUUUUUAGGGCUGAGGAUUCUAACACCCACCGUCACUUGACUGAGUUUGUUGGUCUGGAUAUUGAAAUGGCUUUCAACUAUCAUUACCACGAAGUGAUUGAGUCUAUAACUGACACCAUGGUGCAGAUCUUCAAGGGCCUGAGAGACAACUUUCAGACAGAAAUCCAGACUGUGAACAAGCAAUUUCCAAGCGAGCCUUUCAAAUUCCUGGAGCCCACUCUAAGGUUGGAGUACACUGAAGCCUUGGCCAUGCUUCAUGAGGCAGGGGUCGAGAUGGGUGACGAGGAGGACCUCAGUACACCCAAUGAAAAACUGCUUGGCCGUCUUGUCAAGGAAAAGUAUGACACUGACUUCUAUGUGCUGGAUAAGUACCCACUGGCUGUAAGACCCUUCUACACUAUGCCUGAUCCAAACAAUCCUAAAUACUCCAACUCAUAUGACAUGUUCAUGAGGGGUGAGGAGAUCCUGUCUGGAGCUCAAAGAGUUCAUGACGCUCAGCUACUGACUGAAAGGGCAAUCCAUCAUCAGAUUGAUCUGGAGAAGAUAAAGGCAUACAUUGACUCCUUCCGCUAUGGAGCUCCACCACAUGGAGGUGGGGGCAUUGGCCUGGAGAGAGUCUGCAUGCUUUACCUGGGCCUUCACAACAUCCGUCAAACAUCCAUGUUCCCACGGGACCCUAAGCGCCUUACACCAUAAACCUUCAAACACAUGCUCAAACCUUUAAUUACUGGACUAAGUAACAGAUGUUGAUGAUGGGAAACAACACUUAUCCACAAUACAGAAAUUAACAUAGAAAAGGAGCUAGUGCCACUUUUGAAUUUGAAGUUCUAAUAUGAUUAACCAUCAAGGCUAUGGGAGCAGUUUCAGCAGUAGGAUUAUUUUAUUGAUUGGUGUACAUUGUUGUCUUACUACAACAAAUGACAUAUACAUAAUACAGCAAGAAUUUGUGUGAAUUGUUUGUAUAGCUGCAGGCACUUAAACAUCUUUUGAUCGAAUUAUUGUUUAUCUAUCUGUUUAAAAGUACUCUUAUGAAUAUCUAAGCACCACACUUUUCCAGCAGAGAAUAAGAACUAAUGUUUCGUGUCUCCCGCUGUAUGCCUGUUUUGUAAGUAAUUUGAGGAAUUAUCAUAAAUAAACUUACUUCUAGAACGUCCAA